AUGUACAACGCGCGGUACAUGUUUAUUCCGUAUUCGGACUUUGAUUAUGGAAAUUAUGGCGGCCUGCAAGAGCUGCUCCUCCGCUGCCGCCUCGCGCAGCUGGAGAACAGGCUCGGGGCGGCCAUACCGAGCACGUGCGGCGGCGUCUGCUUCCGCGGGCCGGGGGCGCAGGGAGGAGGACAGGGGGUGGCAGCGCAGCCGGCGCAGGGGGCGCAGGGAACCCAAGGGGCGACCGUGACGACCACCACCACCACCACAACCACCACGACCACGGCAGCCGCGCCGCAACCGGCCCAGAGCGGCCCGCUGCCCGACUUGAUCCACCUGUGCCCCCUGACGGCGGCACCGGUGAUGGGGCGGAUACAGUGCUGCAACAGCAACAGCAACGACGUCCGGGCCAGCAGCGGCGGCAACAACAACGCGAGCGGCAAUAACAAUCAGAACAACAGCAGCGGCCAGGGCGUGGUGAACGUCUUCACGGCGCCGCUGUGGUCGCUGUACCCGGGCCACCUGCAGCAGCAGGCGCAACAGUACUAUCAACAACAGCAGCAGCAGCAGCACGCGGGAGGCGGGUGCGAGUGUUGUGGUGGUGGUGGUGGUGGUGGUGGUGGUGGUGGUGGUGGGUGGGCCAUGCCGGCCGGGCCGCCCAUGAUGGGGUUUGCAGGUGGUGGAGGAGGAGGGUGGGGAGUGGGUUGCGGUGUCGCGCCUUGCAUGCUGGGCGGCGGUAUGGGAGGACAGGGACACCACGGAGGAGGACGGCAGCAUCACCGGCAGCAUCACGGCGCGGCGGCUCCGGUUCCGGCACCGGCACCGCUACCGGCGCUCAUGGGUGGGGCCGGGAUGGGGUUCCCGUGGCUGGGCGUGGGGGCGCCGCUGGGCAUGGGCAUGGGCUUGGGCGGGGGCUUGGGCGGGGACAUGCUGGGGGUGGGUGACGGCGGUGGCGGCGGCGUGUUUGCGCUCCCGGGUGGGGGACAGCAGCAGCAGCAGCAGCACCGUUGCCAGCAUGGGCAGGGCGGCUGUGGUAGUGGAAGGUGUCAGGGGCAGAUGCCGUUUGUGAAUUUUAUGUGA